UGUGACGCAUAACAUUUCCAGUCAACGACUGCCUUUCCUUCUCCGAGGAAAUGGACGGUAGUGAUACUUUACAAAUCUCACAUUUUUACACGCUUUUCUGUAGUUAUUUGCUACAGUAAGGAUGAUAAAAAAGUUUUUGGGAGGAUAAUAAUGGAAAACUACCAUGAGUAGAGGACAGUGUGUUUGGUGAAGUAAUAAGCUGCUUUAGCGCCCUCUACAGCGGCCAUGAGGAAAUGUCAGCUGCGCAUUAUAUUGCUGAUUCUAAUCAGCCAAUCAUACACAAUAACACAUUUUGGAAUUAGUGGAGCCAGGACAGAGAAACCAAGUUGUCUUGAUAAUGAAUACUUGGGUAAAAAGGGAUUCUGCUGUGAUAAAUGUCAUCCAGGGUUUAAGUUGAAAGCGGAAUGCCCUGAACCGAAAAAAAGGUCAGAAUGCGUGAAAUGUGACAAUGGAACCUACCUGGAGAGAUCAAACUACAAUCCAAACUGCUUCAGCUGCCAGACUUGCAAAAAACCCCAUAUGAAGGAGAUAUCACCAUGUACACCAGAUACCAAUAGGGUGUGUGGGUGUGACCAGGGAUAUUACAAGAGGAAAUUAAGCGAGUCGGUAUGGGAAUGUUCUCCCUGUAGGAAGGAUUGUGGACCUGGACAGUUUAAAACUAGUGAAUGUAAUGGGGAACAGAAUACAAACUGUACGUGCAAAGAAAACCAUUACCCUGAGGGUAAAACCUCCUGUAAGCCAUGCGUUGAAUGUGGGAAAUGGUGUAAACACUUGUGCAUAACCAGCAGUCCAGCAAUCCCUGUUAAAUCCCCCCAAAGUCCUUCAGGCACAUUACCUCAAAUACUGGUUCCCGUUUGUGCAUGCAUCACGGUUGUAGCAUUGGGAGUGUUUAUGUUAUAUGAAGGCAUCAGGCUUCAGAGGAAGAGGAAUCGUGCAUUGUCACCGCAGUCAUCAUCAGCUGCUCCCCAAGAUCAGACAUUUAUUAUCACGGUGCCAUCAGACAAAAUAAAUGAAAGCGAUCCUUUUACAAAUCAGCCAUGCGAACCAGAACAGCACAGAAAACUCCCAGACUGCAUCCCAAGAGAGAUCAAAAUUCACGAGUUCUUCUAUUUUGUGCUGGAUGAGGUCCCUAUCGGACGAUUUAAAGAACUUGCACGUCGGCUUGGCGUUUCUGAGCAGAACAUUGACAGGGCAGAACAAGACCACCGGAACUGCAAGGAUGCCCACUAUCAGAUGCUGAAGGUUUGGAGUGACAGUGGCAGUGGAGGAGGGAACAAUGUUUUGCCAUAUCACCGCAUCCAGAUGUUCAUAGAAACAUUAAAGGACAUGUAUUUGGCUAACUGUGCAGACAACAUCGAGAACAGGUUCCUUUCGCAGGACACGAGCUCUUCAUAAUGAGGCCUUCGGAGGAAAAUGGAGAACGGGGCAUUAAUAGAGACCUUAGCCUUCCACUAAGUUCCAAUGGAUUCCUUCCCUUGAGAGUGAAAGUGCAUCUACUGCUGUAUUACUGUUUAACACCAUGGCAUAUUUCCAGAUGUCUCAAGAUUUCACACUAAAAUGUUAUGUGAAUGUUG